CAAAGGACAUUUACAAGGGGAGGAAAGAUGUGGUGGCUUCAACUGAUCGUCAUUUAAUGCAAGAACAGUUUAGUUUGCAACCCUAUCGCAAACUGUUCCGCAGAGGUUUAUAUGGGAAAUUGCUGUGGACGUGUCUGGAAAUCCGGCCACCAGAAUCAUGAUCCUCCUCCCCCUUAUAAAUACGGAUCGCAUUUUGAGAAUUCGGUACCAAAAAUUGAGAAUUCCAACAUGGGGUUGUGUUUGCCGUAUUGCGACGUGGAUUCCAGCCUGCGGGGUCUGGCUGGGAAAGCUGAGGGCUUCGGCCGUCUUGCCAUUGGCGGUUUACAUGGCGCUGUUUACUGUGUUACCACCUUAGCUGAUGAUGGGCCAGGUUCACUACGUUACGGCUGCCGGCAAAAGGAACCUCUAUGGAUCAUAUUUGAAAUUUCAGGCACCAUUGAACUCUCAUCUCAUUUGAGUGUAUCGUCUUAUAAGACCAUUGAUGGGCGUGGUCAAAGGAUUAAGAUCACUGGGAAAGGUUUGCGGUUGAAGGAGUGCGAACACGUAAUUAUCUGCAAUCUAGUAUUUGAAGGGGGCAGGGGACAGGACUUAGAUGCAAUUCAAGUAAAACCAAAUUCGAAGCACAUCUGGAUAGAUCGAUGCUGCCUCAGUGAUUAUAGUGAUGGACUGAUAGAUAUCACCCGGGAGAGCACAGAUAUUACUGUUUCUCGGUGCCACUUUGCAAAUCAUAACAAAACCAUACUUAUUGGUGGUGAUCCUUCCAGCAUAGGUGACAGAUGCAUCCGCGUCACCAUUCACCAUUGUUUCUUUGACGGGACUCGACAGCGGCAUCCGCGUGUUAGAUUUGGGAAAGUGCACUUGUACAAUAAUUACACUAGAAAUUGGGGAAUUUAUGCUGUUUGUGCAAGUGUAGACUCUCAGGUAUACUCGCAGUGUAACAUAUAUGAAGCUGGACAAAAGAAGGUAGCCUUUAAAUACUAUACAGAAAAGGCAGCCGACAAGGCUGAGGAAUGUACUGGCUGUAUUAAAUCCGAAGGUGAUCUAUUUGUCGGUGAAACUCAACCAGGCUUAUCGCCCCUCCUGAGAGAGUCUUGCGUGUUCCAUCCAAGCGAAUACUACGAGACGUGGACAGUAGAAGCACCAACCGAUGAUCUGAAACAUUUUCUUCAACACUGCACAGGAUGGCAAGAUAUCCAACGACCUGCUGAUCUCCCAACUCCUUAGUUCUGUUUAUUGUGUGUACAGAACUUCAAAAAAAGUAUACAUGAACACGCGGUAUGCAUUCGGUGCUUUCCGGAAACGUACCAGUCGAAAUGCGUCGGUCUUGCUCUCGGUUGCAUCCUUUUUUCCUCAUUCUUGAGGAGCUUGUGAAUGAGACUGGUAGACAUUUAUAAGCUAAUGUGAACACUAUACUUGGGAUUUUCCUUGUGCUUAUUUUUCAUGUUGUGAGCUUUUCACCUGUGAAGUAAAAGUGAAUAGCUAGA